AUGAAGUCGGCAUUUCGUCUUUUGUCGAAAAGACCACUGAUUCAGCCUAGUAGACAAUCUUUAAAUAUUUUGAGAUCCACAAUUGUUCUAUCUAGUACUAGGGUCUCAUUAUUUCAUUCUUCUAUUCCAAAUGCCCAAAAGGCUAGUAAUCCCAAGGCAAGAAAAGCCACUAAGCAAAUAAAGUCAAAUUCAAAAAUAUUUGUUCACAAAGUUACUGACUUAGUUCCUAAAUGCAAUGGCUGUGGAACACCUUUUCAGCGUACUUUUCCUGAAUCACUUGGAUAUUAUGAUGAACCAGAUUCAAAGUUAAGGACUAAGUCGAUCCAGGACAAGAAACUGGAACAUCACAACAACUUGUUUGGACAAAUGGACACUCUUUCUCAAGCUAUUUAUUCACAUUCAGUUGUAACUGGAGAGGUUGCAGAAGCAAAAGGGUCGGAAGAAGUAGAGAGUAGUGAUUCUAAGAAGAAAGAAGAACGACACAUUAUUGAAGCAGAUUCAUCUCCUGCCUUAAAAAUCGAGGACUUUGUUUCAGAUUUGUACGAAAAACGAUUGAUUCAAAGUAUUAAAGACACGCAACGAGACGAAAUAAAUUCUGGUUUAUGCACGACAUGCCGUUUGACCAAGGGUGGCCAGUAUUUCGAUUACACUAAGGUUGGCCACCCUUCAACUGAAGAAGUACUAGCACAAAUUCCUAAGGACGGAGUGAUAAUUCAUGUGAUUAGUGGACAGGAGUUCCCAGCAUCAUUUAUUCCAGAAAUUACCAAGUAUGCAGCUGACAGAAAAAUUAUUUACGUUGUUACUAAGUGCGAUUUGGCGGUAGACGAACAAUUUAAAACCCGACAGCGAUUUUUACCAUAUGUACAAAGAGAGCUUUACGACAAGUACAAAGUUAAUCCUGACGAUGUUUAUGCAGUAAGCACUUUGGUUAAGUGGGGUGUUGAAGAAUUAUUUCAAGAUUUGCCUGUGGAUUCAUAUAUAGUGGGUUUACCAAAUACAGGCAAGACUGCGCUGGCGUUUUCACUUGGAAAUUUAUACAAGACCAAACUUUUAAAAGAUAGCUUACCAAUUGAGCAGAGACAGCGAAAGUAUGGAAUUUCGCACUUGCCUUUGAAAACCAAGGCUCCCAUUUCUUAUAUCAACUCUGGUCGACGUAUUACAGAUCUCCCAGCAGUGCAAGCUGAGAGGGGGAUUGUUUACAAUUAUAUCAAUCCAAAGAAGUUAUUAACUACUGUGAACAGUAGUGUUUUUAUCAAGAGACUUGGUCUACCUUCUGCUACCCCUGUGACUAUAACCAAGAACGGAUCAGCUUUGUCGCUUGGCGGUAUAGUAUUUGUUCAAAUGGAUGAUGCUCCCCCUAAUGUGACCCUCAUUUGUUGGUGUGUUUGUGGUAACCGCAAACAAGUUGUUCAAAGAUUUUCUUCAGUUGAGAAGGCAGUAGAAAUCUCGGCAGCACCUUUAAAUAGUCAACAAGACUGGUUUUUGACCAAGCCAUAUGAUAUCAAUGAUCCUGAGCAAGCAGCAAAAUUUAAGCCACAGAAGGUAAUGUCAGUUCGCAUAGAUGGUGCUGGAUUUGAUUUUGGUGUUUUAGGAUAUGCGUCUGUUAUUUUGACACUUUCUGGAAAGAUUCCUGAGAACGGUGUUGGUGUGACUUUGUACGCUCUCCCUGGCGUGGAAAUAUGUCCUAGAACCCCUAUUAUUAAACACAUGAAAGCGUUCCAAGUGAGUAAACGUCAAGAAAAGAUGCAAAAAAUUAAACGUGGUAGUGUUAUCAAAGACCAAAAUGAGCAUAGAGAUACGGUUGAAAAGAGCAAAAAGCUCAAAGCCAAGGCUCUCAAAAACGAGGAGAGAAAAAAGAAAAAAGAAGAGAAAGAUGAUGAUAAAGAUGGAGAUGAUUUUGAUUUUGAAAACUAUGAUGUUCAGGUUAAGGAGGUUAAGAAUCCUGCUUCUACGACAUCAUUGUAA